GCGAUAAAGUAAAUAUGGCGGACAGCAGAUAGUCCGGGGUGAGAUAAACAAACGCGUGCGGAUCUGUUCGCGUUUCCACCCGGAGCGGGGAGGUGGUGCUGCGCCGGGAUGGCCUCGACCAGCGGCCGCAUGAGUCAGCAGGCGCUGGCGGUGCUGGAUGUGGCGCUGCGGGUCCCGAGUGUGUUCAUCAUCGACUCCAUCUGUAACUCCAACUCAGCAUGUGAUCAGUCUGAUACAGGUCCGAUCUGCUCCCACACCGCGGUCCACAUCCUGCUCAGAGCAACCGGUAUUAUUGUGUGCAGCAUUGUGCUGGUGUUAUCCCAGAAAUCCCUUUUGAAGUUCUACAGCCUGUUCUUCGGAGUCCUGCUUUGCGCCACGUCCGUUCUCAUCAACUACUAUGUGAUGUCUUAUGUAGACUUCUACAGUGGACACCAUGAGGCGUCGCCAGGCUUCAGGCUGCUUCCACGUGCCAAACCUGCGCUGUGGUUGGCCUUGGUGGCUCUGCAGCUCGUGUUAGCCACUGGUUACGUAUUUCUGCUGGAUGUAAAGUCACCGUACUCCGGCCUCGUCAUGCUGGAUGUCCUGCUGCCGGUGACUGGAUUUUUUAUUGAACUCCCGCUGGACGUGCGCCGGGUGCUGGCUGUGAUUUCGUGCUUUCUCUUGGGCCUGAACACUGCCGUGUGCUUGCUCAUCCGGCUCAAGAGCCUGUACUACUCGUGCCGCUAUGUGUACCUGCUGGUGCGGCAUAUGUACCGUAUUUAUGGAUUGCAGCUGCUCCUUGAGGAUACGUGGAAAAGGAUUCGGGUGCCGGAUGUGCUGCGGGUUUUCUGGAUCACUCGUGUGGUGGCGCAGGCUGUGGUUUUGUUAUACGCGGUAAAAAUGGCUCAGGUGGAGGAGAACGGGGAGAGCGGGCCCUACAUGACGUGGGACGUGUUUUGGGAUUUGUGUAGCAGCCUGAUCAUCAGCGGAUGUGACUCGACGCUCACCGUGUUAGGGAUGAGCGCUGUGAUUUCAUCCGCGGCGCAUUACUUAGGACUAGGCGUCCUUCUGUUCAUCGGGUCGGCCGAGGACGAGGAGGACAGGCGGCUGGGAUUCGUAGCGCCUGUGCUGUUUUUCAUACUUGCGCUACAGACCGGCCUUAGCGGUCUAGAACCCGGCGAGCGCCUGGUCCGCCUAAGUAGAAAUCUGUGCCUGCUGCUGACUGCCGUUCUGCAUUUCGUGCACGGCAUGACCGAACCGGUCCUGAUGGCACUGAGUGCCUCGCAUGUCCAGUCGGUGCGGCGACAUGCUCCUGCGCUGCUGGUCUCAUUUACCCUGCUGACACUACCCAUCGUUCUGAGCUGCAUGCUGUGGCAGCGCUACGCGCUCAACACGUGGCUGUUUGCGGUCACGGCUUUCUGCGUGGAGCUCUGCUUGAAGGUUCUGGUCUCGUUGACGGUCUACGUCCUGUUCAUGGUGGACGGCUACUACGGGACGCUCUGGGAAAAACUUGACGACUACGUGUACUACGUACGCUCCGCUGGCAACAUCGUCGAAUUUAUUUUCGGCAUCGUGAUGUUCGGGAACGGCGCCUACACCAUGGCAUUCGAGUCGGGGAGCAAGAUCCGCGCCUGCAUGAUGUGCCUGCACGCCUACUUCAACAUCUACCUGCAGGCCAAGAGCGGCUGGAGGACGUUCGUCAAGCGGCGGUCCGCCGUGCGCAGGAUCCACUCGUUGCCCGAGGUGACCGGCGCCGAACUGCGGGACGUGGAGGACGUGUGCGCCAUCUGCUACCAGGAGUUCGUGGCGGCGGCCCGCGUCACGCCGUGCCACCAUUACUUCCACGCGCUCUGCCUGCGCAAGUGGCUCUACAUUCAGGACACGUGCCCCAUGUGCCACCAGAGGGUUUACGUGGAGGACGAUUCACCCCAGCGCCCGCCGUUUUCCAACAACAACGCGCAGGCACCGGGCGGGGAGGAACAGGCGGGGUUUGAAGAGGCGGAGGUUGAGGCGGAGGUUGAGGCGGAGGCAGGUCAAGAAGGAGCGGCGGGGGCGGAGCCUGAAGACGAGCUGCUGGAGGAUAAUGACAGUAUAGAGUAUGAUGAGGACGAGUGGGGCACGCAGAACAGAGCGAGCCCUUUAGAGGAGGACUACAUUAAUGAUGACACAGACUCGAACACUGAUUGAUAGCAGAGAUAAAAGAGAUUUUAAGUUAAAAAAAAUGAAGCGUCUUAAUUUUCCAGAUCAGGGAAGCUUAGUAUUUCUUUCGCUCCUUUAUAAUCGAGUAGGUUUUUUUUCUUUGUUUCUCCAAGGGCUGAGUUCAAUGGUAUUGAAGACUGAUGAUUUAGAGACACGUUUGUAUUUAAAAUGGAAUUGAUAUUAAAUAUUAUGCUGCACGACUGAGAAAAGUCCCCGCCUCGUGCUGCCCUGUUUAAAGUAGGACGGGUAAAAGGAGUAGUUCAGCCAAAAAUGCCAAAUGUUUUCACUUCAGCAGGAGUCAUCGAUCACCCAGGGCAUGUUUGCGUCUCUUAGUUUUGCACUGGAGCUAUGAAGUAAGGCUGCGAUAUGCUAACUUAAAAGUGCAUCAGACCUUAAUAGAGCUUUUAUGGCUUAGCAA